ACAAGUCCUGGAGGUCCUUACUAGGCUGUUUGCGUAACUUCUACGCUUUCGCAGUCUGUUCACCCUGUGGUUAAUUUCUUUGAUGCGCGGGCUGUGUUGUUGGGCCACCAAUGUUUAGUCGGUGGUUUGUAGCCGGUGGUGACCGGGAUUGCCUUGUUAGUAGACCUGACUUGCACGUCUAUAAAGUCUUUCAAAGGUCGUUUGUGAGUGUGUAAUCUCUCCACCAUGCGGCCAUCUCUCUGCGAAAGCUGUCCAAUUUGCCUUCUUGAAGCACCACAUAUAGAUGCCUCAAGGCGAAAGAGAAUUGAAUCCCAGCAGAAAUUUUCCCUUAUGGAUUUACCUUAUCGAUCUCCUGUGCUAUUAUUUUAUGAUACGUAUAAUUCUAUUUAAAUUUAUCUCUCUAAAAAUGUAGGAAGAUUAAUUUAUAGUCCUCGCAGCAAAGACAGUCCCUAGUAUGAGAUGGAGCAAGUGGUGGCGGCGCCGUUAGGGGUAAACAAACCAGUGUGUUCAUCGCGGUUGGUGGUGUUUUCAUGCUCCUGAGAGACGGCCAGUAUUUUGAGAAAGGUCAAGGAUGAGUACCCGUGGCUUGCAAGAGUUGCUGCAGCAAGCAGAGCAGCUGGCUAGCAACCUCAAUGGUGGUGGAGAACUGCCACGUGUUGACCGGUCACUGCAGCAGAUCCUUCACACAGGACAGCAGCUUUGGUCAAGAGCUUCCGCACAGACCACGACAGCCAAUGAUGCACAGGCAGCAAUACUUCUUGGCUCACGAGGAGUUGACCUGCCUCAUAUCGGCAACCGCCUGGAGACCCUGACCACAUCCAAAACUCUUCAACCCUUGGAGGCCCUCGCAGACACUGACAUUGCAGCCUUUCUGAGGAAUGAGAGGGAAAAUGCCAUCAUUACUGCCAUUGAGGACUCUAAACGUAGGACAAGUGAGGAGGUUGAGAAGCUAUACUGGAAGCAACAACAAGCAGAAUGGGAGCAGAGGAAACAGGAUCUUCUCUCGGCCUUCACACACUCAGGGACGGAUUUGUUAAACAUUACCGUCCAGCAACAGGACAGUGUGUACGGUGUUUCCCAUGUGGGGGGCAGUGGCAGCAGCCUGAGCAGUGAGGAGACAGCCUAUGUGCAAGUGGUGCGUCAGUACAAUGAGGAGAUCCUGCAGGGUGGCAUCAGACCCAACCUGGCCGAGGCUUUGGGGGAGGCCGCGUCCACCUUGAAUGACCAGAGCAUCACAGAUUUGUGGGUGCUGGUCAAGUGCUUGAGUGAGGUGCCAGUAAGCAUGGUGGGGGAGACAUCCAAAGCACGAGUCACAUCUGGGGUCCAGAGUGCUGUGGUCAAACAGGCUCGCACCUAUCUCGAAAAGUCGUACACAAGUCACAUGAGACACAUGGUUUACUCAAACUUGGAGCGUGCACAGCUGGGCGGAGUGCCGGGCCUAGUGCCACUUGUGCGUGCCUACCUGGAGGUUGUGCUGCCUCAACAGGUGACGGCCACGCUGGAGGACGGACAGGCCAGUGGUGCCCCAGUAUGGCCGCUCAUCUACUACUGCAUGAGGGCUGGAGGAAGCAAGGCUGCAUGUCAGGCUGCCGCUGAAAAUAGCUCACCUCUGGUGGUGGAGGUGGUGGGGGCGCUGGAGCACUACUACAAGAGUGACUCAGGGCGACUUCCGCCAGACCUAGAGAAGAAGCUGAGGACAUCCUACAAGCGUGCUGUCAAGAACUCUCCAGAUCCCUUCAAGCGAGCUGUGUUCUGUUUGGUGAGCCGCUGCGACCCUCAUGAAGACCACACAGAUAUCACCACCACCACUGAUGAUUACUUGUGGCUCAAGCUGUGUGUGGUGGACUGUGACAGCUCCUCCUCUGCCUUGGUAUCCAGCACCAGCAGCAUACAGCAGGACACUCUUACUCUCAUUCAACUUCAAAAUCUUCUGUAUGAGCAGUAUGGGGAAUCACACUUCAAUGCAUGGAACCAGCCUCUUCUCUACACCUCUAUACUCCUACAAACAGGACAAUUUGAGGCUGCCAUUGAGUUCUUGAGCCGUAAGGAAGCCCUGCGGUGCCAUGCAGUGCACAUUGCCCUGGCCCUGCAUGAGAUGAACCUGCUGGUCCUGUCCUCUGAAGUGCACGCCCCCAUGUUGUCAAGGGAGGAUGGUGACCCAGAGGGAGUCCGACGCCUUAAUCUUACUCGUCUCAUCCUCCUCUACACUCGCAAGUUUGAGGUGACGGAUCCCUGCGAGGCGCUUCACUACUGCUUCUUCUUAAGGUCACUAAAAGGGAGGAAUGGUGAGAAUGUAUUUUCUGGCUGCAUAAGUCAGCUGGUGCUGCAGUCACGGGAGUUUGACUUGCUCCUGGGGCGGCUGGAGCCUGACGCCCGCCGCACUCCAGGCAUCAUUGACAAGUUCAAGGUUGAUGUGAGUGAGGUAAUACAGAUGGUGGCUCAGGACUCAGAGAAGAAGGGGCUCCAUGAAGAUGCUAUUAAGUUAUAUGAUUUAGCUAAGAAUCAUGAAAAAGUAGUGUCCCUGCUGAACCAGUUGCUGAGCCAAGUGGUGCAUCAGCCUGAGGGCGGCAGUGGGAGUCAGCGCAGCCGUGUGGUGGAGCUUGCCUCUGCUGUGGCUCUGCGCUUCAAGACUCAUGGCCACAACACCUUCCCCACCAUUGUGGCCACCCUGCACCUCCUCAUGGACCUGGCCACCUUCUUCAACUUUUAUCACAAAGAAAGAUUUAUUGAUGCUCUUGAGAUCCUGAAGAAGUUGCACAUCAUUGCCCUGCGGAGGGAUGAGGUUGAUAGCCGAGUGGCCGGGGUGAUAGCUCAAGGAAGUGAGGUGAGAAGUGUGCUGCCACACAUCCUCCUGGCUGCCAUGACAACAACCUACAAGCUGUAUCGAUCAAGCCAGCUGCCACAGUCUCCCCAGCCUUCUCUCAAUGUGUCUGCAGCAUCUGCCCCUACAGCUCCCAAGCACCUCCAGGAGCAAGCCCGUGCCAUUGUGACCUUUGCUGGCAUGAUCCCCAUGAGACUCCACUCGGAUAUCAAUGCUCGUCUGGUUCAGCUGGAAGCUCUCAUCAACUAAUUAAGAUAAGAUACAGACUAAAUGACACAAAUUAUAGAGAACAUGUUUUGCUUGUUUUUUAUUCUUAACUUGAGUAAGCCAUUUUCAAAUUAGUGUGAAUUGCUAUAUUUUUUAAACUGACUUUGAAGUUGGUGUAUUGUGUAGGAGUUAAUGUAUUUCCUUCACAUUCCUUGUCAUGUCAAAAGAGGAUUAUUAUAAUUUGUUUUAGAAUUUUAUAUACUUCAUGUGGCCUGGAAGAAUUUUGUCUUGUCAUUAAAAAAAAAUAAAUUGAAA